AUGGAGGACAACAUGACACAGAUGACCAGCGAGCCUGCAGUCCAGAGCACAAGCAACACCAAUCAGCUUGAUCCGACCGGCCGUCCAUACAUCUGGGUCAACGGCGAGAUGCGAGCCAAAAACGACGCGUCCGUCUCUGUCUUCGACCACGGCUUGCUCUACGGCGAUGGGAUCUUUGAAGGCAUCCGUGUCUACAACGGCAAGAUCUUCAAGUGUGAGCAGCACAUGGAUCGUCUAAUCAAGUGCUGCAAUCAGAUAUUCAUUGAUAUCGAGAGCCACUACUCGCGUCAGGAAAUGAUCGAUAUCCAACGCCAGUGCAUCGAAGCGAACGGCAUCACCAACGGCUACAUCCGCUUCCUUGUCACUCGUGGCGCUGGAAACCUUGGACUCAAUCCGUACCAGUGCCCGGUUCCUGGUGUCAUCUGCAUCGCGGACAAAAUCUCGCUCUUUACUCCGGAGAUGUACGAGAAGGGGAUGCGUGUUGUGGUCGCGAAUCGUCCGAAGACCCCGAUCGCGUGUCUUGAUCCACGGAUUAAAUCGCUCAACUACCUCAACAACAUCAUGGCCAAGUGCGAAGCGAUUCACCUUUCCCAGAAACUCGGGAUCACUGAGCCAUCGGAUCAACUCCUUGAAGUGAUCAUGCUCAGCACUGAGGGUAAGGUCGCAGAAGGAUCGGGAGAUAACAUCUUCUACAUCAAGGAUGGGAAGGUGUUCACGCCUCCAAGCGAUGUCGGGAUCCUCGAAGGGAUCACGCGCAAGUUUGUCAAGGACACACUGUGUCCUGAGUGCGGCGUCGAGAUCGAAGAGAAGUACUUCGAGCUCCAAGAUCUACUCAGCGCCGACGAGAUCUUCCUGACCGGCUCAGCGGCAGAAAUGAUCGCGGUGCGUGAGAUUCUCGAGCACAAGGACCUUGAAGUGACCAAGACCCACACCAUCUCCGAAGGUGAGGGGCCGAUCACCAAGAAGCUCCGCGCCAAGUUCCGCGAGAUUGUCACCUCGGACAACGUCCCAGAGGAUUGA